ACAUGGCAAAACUUUCUUGUCAUACUUGUUAUCUACACUGCCUGGGUAUCCCCAUUCGAAUUCGGCUUUCUUGAUAAGCCCGCGGCCCCCUUAUCCAUCACGGACAAUGUUGUCAAUGGAUUUUUCUUUAUCGACAUUGUCCUUACAUUCUUCGUGGCUUACCUGGAUCGGACUUCUUAUCUUCUUGUCGACAGCCGAAAGCUGAUUGCUCGAAAGUAUGCCACCACUUGGCUGUUAUUUGACGUCAUAUCCACAGUCCCAUCCGAACUUGCUCGUAAAAUAUCCCCAAAAUCUCUUCAGGCUUACGGGCUUUUCAAUAUGCUUCGCCUAUGGCGUCUAAGAAGGGUCGGCGCCUUAUUCGCG